AUACUAUAUCUCUCAUCGACAGGUUUCUAUUAGUCAGUGCUCAACAGUCAUCGUUAUUGGACAGUGCGGGCACUUGGUGCGAUAUAUUUUUGAGCUAAAAUUUUCUUCGGUGAAUCAACUGGUUUUCAAUGGCGACUGUUCCAGUGUAUUCGCCGGUAGUUCCAUUUUUGGGCCUCAUACCAGGCGGCCUUCGUCAUGGAUCAAUGGUGCGUAUUAAAGGCAUCAUCAACAAUCACGGAGAGCGGUGCCAGAUCAAUAUACAAACGGGCGCUGCAUUGAACCCGCGGGAUGACGUCACGCUGCACCUUAGUAUUCGGCCCAAUGAAUCGGUGAUCGUGCGAAACACGCUGCAAAAUCAAGUGUGGGGUGCUGAGGAACGCUACGGCGGGUGCCCCAUCAACUAUGGGCAGUCGUUCGACGUACUGGUGCUGGUCGAGGUGAAUCAGUACAAGAUCGCGGUCAACGGUGUACAUUUCUGUACGUUCAAUCAUCGUUUGUCGGUGCAUUCGGCCAGAUACGUUUCUAUUAGCGGUGGUUGUGUGGUCCAUUCGAUUACGACGGAAAUGGACACGGCUGGAUCCGUUCCACCAUAUCCGGGAACUUCGAUGCCAGUGGGACCCCACCCGCCACCAUAUACUCCACCGUCAUACCCUCCUGGACAGAUUGGAUUCGUGCCGGCACCACCCCCAAUGCCUCCACCACCGCCAUACACCCCGACGCCAGGCUAUCCUGUUGGCAACACCGGUCACUAUCCAGGAGCUCCACCCCAUCUUCCACCUGGAGGCUAUCCGCAUCACCCAGGCUACCCGCCAGCAGUCCCUUACUCGUCAGUGCAACCGACAGCCCCCACAGCAACGUCGACCGCCUCCGUGAUACAAACAACCCCAACUGCUGUUAACCAACCUAAGAGCACUACAGUAAAAGACACGGUCAUCACUGGAAUGCAGCAGACGAAGAAUUUUCUACAUGAUGCCAUCUACGGCAAGACGACGACCUCUCCGUCCUAUCCGCAGCAACCACCGAUGCAACAAAUACCCCAAUUUCCUUCCUAUCCAUCUCAACAGCCAGCUGCUUAUCCAUCUCAACAGCCUCCAGGUUCUCAGUAUCCAAUGAUGGUAACAAACCCAGCGCUGCCCGGUCAUCAUCAGCAGCAGUACAAUAGUCCCCAGCAAAAACCGUCUACGGGUGGAAUUUUCGGAUCCGGUACGGGGAUAGCAGCCACGGCUUUGGCAGCUGGAACAACCGCCGUCCUGAUGCACAAGCUUCCUAAAAAGACCAAAAAGUCCAAAAAAUUUAUGAAAUAUGCCGCUGGAGCUGGACUAUUGGGGCUCGGAGGAUAUGCAGUCGGAAAGGGGCUUCGUCGACGUGGAAGCAGCAGUAGCAGUAGUAGCAGCAGCGAUAGCGAUUGAAGGCAUUAAAAUAAUUCAUAUACAUAUAAAAUUACCAAAUAUAUAUUGAUCAACAAAACAUUAAUGUCAAUCAA